AUGAAAAUUUUUGGUUGGAAAUUUUAUGACGUUACACAAACGUCAUAUAAAGCCAUAAGUCAUGUAUCUCAAAAUAUCAUAACAUCUGUCAAAGAAGAGGAGUGUUGUAGACAUGACCAAGAACAUUUCUACGAAAAAAAAAAGAAACACAAGAAAAAGAGGAAUUUAGUGUUGCAAGAAGAUUCCACUGAUGAAGAGGUGGUUCCUGAAACUCCAAUCACUGAUACAAUGGGUCAUUCUUCACCGGUGAGGGAUUCUCCAGUUCAGUCGAUUUUCGAGGAGACUAAGAAUCUUGAUGGAAAUGUGGAAACUUCUAUAGUGGACACAACCAUUAAUCAUGGUGAAAAAAACUAG